AUGAGCGGAGUCGACGAAAUUCUCACGUACAAGCGUGACUCGAAGGAGGAUCUGUACGCGUUGCUAAACUGCAGCGAAUCAUCCACGGUUGACCAAAUUCAGGCCGAGUUUAAAAUACUCGCUCUGCAGUACCAUCCGGACAAGAACGCCGGGGACAAGGAGUCGGAGGCCAAGUUCCAACAGCUCAAGGAAGCCAAGGAGAUCCUGUGUGACCCGGAAAAACGCGCCAGCUAUGACAAGUGGCGUGGCAGUGGCAUCCAGAUCAGCUACAAGAACUGGCUCGGCAUGAAGGAGCACGUGCAGCAGAGCAUGCACUGGGCCAUCCCGAAGACCAAGGAUCGCAUGCUGCCGGAGGGAGGCACCGGGACUGGGUCCGGGACUGGUUCUGGAACAGGAUCCGGUCUGAGUGCGGCCCAACCCAACCCAGCCCAUCGCCGUGCGUCGGAGGGUGGUGCAGCCCUUUACUAUGGUGGGCGUAAGGGUGAGUGGGGCUCGGAAAACUCGAGUGAAGUCGUCAGCAAGUUCCGCAACUACGAGAUCUAAACACCGUGCUAAAAGUGACAUUACAUUCCUCGCAUCCGUUCGGUUCCUUUGGCUACCUGCAGGGAUUCGUCCGCAAGAUGGGUGUCCUGUUGGUGGCUGGUGGAAUAGAAAAAGGGUCGUUCUUUGUCCGCCAACCUCGUGCAAUCUUUCCCAGCCCAAUGGGGCCGAGUUUCGUCUUUGAGAGUCCUUGAGAGGUAUAUUGCGAGCGCGUCCUGACGCUGGAGAAACACCCAUUAACAUAAACGCCUCGUUUCCAUUGCUCUCCCGAGAGCGUUCUGCUAUUUCCUGUCCUAUUCGACAGGAUGGUGAAUUUAAUGAACUCACGGUUGAAUUGAUAAAUGGAGCAGACACGUCCGUGUGUCAAGUGCUGGGCCUGGGGGUUAGGGGACGAAAUGAACCGGACUUUGCCCAGGUCGGGUCCUUUGUGGUCCAUGAACAUCUCCUCUCUUAUAUGUGCUACUUUCAAAAACCCCGCUUAGUUGCAGGGAUACAUGUCCUGCCCACUCAACGAUCGUUAUGUUACUUUGCUCCCCGACGCGGUGAUGUGGAAAUGACUUAUAAUCAAUUGUAAUGCGAACUACUUUGAAGUGAGAUGCUAAACUGGGCCGGAAUUGCAAUCAGUGCUUAACAUAACUUGAAUCAAUGAACGAAGUAAGGAUGGAGAUAUUCUACUAACAAUGAAAGCAAAUUACGUUGGCUUGGGUGACUAUCGAAGGGAUGAAAUAACUCUUAAAAUUGAACAAUUAAACUUCUUGCGUGACGAUAUGGGAGAGAUGAAUAAGAGUCGAAAAUCAUUAGAAAAAAUGUCCGUAAGGAAACCAAAAAAAAGGAAUUAUAUCAAUGAUAAUGAAUAUCGCACCAUAGGAAGAUGGUAAAUGCUAAUGUCCUCCAAUUGCCAAAAGCGUCGCAUGCCCUUACGUUCCUCUGAAUCAAUGUGUUAUAUGGUUGUUAUUGUUGUUGUUACGCAUUAAACAAGGGUUCCCGCUGCUUGCGAAGGGUGGGAAGCCGAAUAGAGGCGAUCAUCCCCGGCGAAUCAACGUUGCACAGACGACAAACUAGACAGACGCGGUACAUUAUUAAUGAGAACCAAAGCGAGCAACGGAAAAACGUGCCGCUAAACGCCAGAUAAGAGCCUGGAGGGGGCAAAACACAGCACCAUGAUGCGAUAAUGAUGUAAGACGACAAAAAGAAUACAAGAGUAAUGAUUUCCAUGCGGUGCUAGCAUUAACGGCUAACAUUGAAACGGUGUACGCCCGACACGCGCUCUAACGAACAUACUAGCCCACGAGCAGCAGAAACAAAAGCCAAAGGCCGCUCGUGAUGCUCUCUAACAAUUUUAUAGUAAUGCGAUAUCAAAAUGCAUAUUACUACCUUGAACACACACAAUCAAACAUAUUUUUGUUACCUAAUAUACCUAAGCAACUAAGGAUAUGACAUUGUAUUUAUCUAUUUCAAUCAAGCUGUGUAGAUGAUAAUAUAUUGAUGUUAAUGGUGGAAUGAUAGUCCAUUUCCUCUCGUAUAGGUAUAUAUUUUUCCGUAGGCAAAGAGGACGGCACAUACAGGAUACAAUCACUGGCGCAUCACGCAUGCAAUGUUAGCGAGUAAGAAAUUGGAACGUAAUAAUCUGUCAGACGCAGUGCACCACAUUGCUUCACCCCAGUGUGUUAUCCCGAGCCCCACGCAUUUCUGUCCGUGGCUGUCGGAUGCAUGGUGUGGAGGCGAUGGAAAAUUUGGCCAAUCGUCUCGAGCAACCGAACAGAGUGUGCACCAUCGUUAUCCUUACUCAAUUAAAUCAAAAGCAGAAAACAGAACAAAAAAUAAAAUGAGAUAAAAUCGAUGUUUGAUACGAGAUUGUGAUGAGUGCGGCUUUUUCCCCGGUACCUCGGAAAUGCGGUUGGCAUGCCCUCGAAAUUAUUGACUUACCUAAACGACCUUUUUAAGAUUUGGAUAUCCUUUUAUACUGAACCGAGAGAGCGAGUUUUCGCUUGUUUCGCUGACGUGAUCGCGCGAAAGAGGGCUGAUGAAACAAACAGAAAAUAAUGAAGACAAAUCAAAUGAGCAUAUGAUAAACCAAACCCUUCACACGUAACUUACGUAAUAUCAAUGAAACCGAACAGGAUAUCAACCGAUACUAUAUACACAUCAAUGUUUACCCUCUCAAGACGCUUCCGUGAAAAAAAAUUGAACUUUUUCCCACAUAAUGAUAGAUUGUUUGAAAGGACAUGAGGAAGCAAAAGCAGGGUGAACACAGAACUGGAGCAAAAAGCAGGGAUGCGGUCGAGUUGAAAGUGAAAGUUAAAUUACAUUAUUGUGUGACCGUGAAAUUGCGCAGGAAGCGCGUAGGGCGCGAUACGCCCACACACACACACGCGGCGCGAUCGUAGGACACCCACCCACCCACGAUGAUGGGGUGAUUCCUGAUGUGAUUUUUAGUUGCCUCUCUCCCGUUCUUCUCCGAGCAUACCACUUUUGACCACUGCACAACGCGUGAGAAGGGAGAUAAUCAGAUUAGAUGCUAGGGAACUGCAGCAAGGCGUAUUUAGCAAGAUAGCGAUAUACAUUCGUAACAUGAAAGCAGAAUUAUAUGACUAUAUACAUAAUAACUGUGUCUCGAGCAGCAACCAUGCCGGGGCUGGCAGAUAAAUGCAACAUAUUAUAAUCUAUUAGAUGGAUUUAUUUGUGUGCGAAUGAUGUUUGAUAUACUAUACAGAUGAAAACUAUACACGAACACAAGCUCUCCCCUCAAGGCGCCACCGUUUGCUCGGUGCAUCGUGCAUGUCUGUAGUACCACUGCACACGAACCAGCCCACACGUGCAGCAGAAAGAAAGAAGAAACGACACAGAAGUCAAUAAAGUAUUAAUAUUUAUGUCAUAGCAAAAGGACUCCGCUCCUGCCCUCUGAGCUGUAAUAAUCACUCCAGAACAUCACAAAACUAUCCAGAUAUAUUAGUGUUGGAAACUGUUUUUUUGUGGUCAAAGCAGAUACCCCUUGAACACUGAAUAAAGCUAUAUUUCGCAAUAAUGAGAAGUGAAAACGUGUGUGUGUGUGAAUAAAAUUCGUGUGUAGAAGCAAACAACGUAGUAACUUUUCCAACAAUGUUAUUUUACGUAAAAACGGUUUAUUCCAUGGAGUAGUUUGGCAUUUCUAGUUCAUCGUCCGUACAGUCUACUUAUUCUUCUGCUCGCCUUCAUCGAAUACAGUGCUCACGUGAUAUGAAAACUGCACAACACCGUAAAAAAAGACGACGCAACUUUUUCCCGAUGCUUCUUUCAGUUGAAAAUUAAGGUACGGCUU